AUGGAGACUUCGUCGGGGUACCCCGCGCAUCUGAAGAAGGUCUUGAGAAGUUAUCAGACGGCGGCCAUGACCAGCUUGUCCGGUCCCGGCUGCGUGUUAGAAUCGGAAAAACGGACGAAAUCGAGCGAGGUAAAAUCGGAGACGGAGAGCCCCACCGGUGACCUGCGAUCGUUCCCACCCGGCGACCUGCGAUUCCCCGCCCCCUUGCCCAUCCUGACCACGCCGGACCCCCACGGCGAACGGGGCGAGACGGUGCUGGAAGGGGAGACGAUCUCCUGCUUCACGGUGGGGGGCGAGGACCGGCUGUGUCUCCCGCAGAUCCUCAACACCGUCCUGCGGGAGUUCACCCUCGUACAAAUCAACAGUGUCUGUGAUGAGCUCCAAAUCUACUGCUCCCGCUGCAACGGGGCCCAGCUGGCGGUACUAAAGGCCUCCCGGAUCAUCCCGAUCUCGGCGCCCACGUGCGGGUUGAUCACGAAGACGGACGCGGAACGCCUGUGCCGUCGUCUGCUUCACGCCCACCCGCCGCUCAUACCCCCCGAGUACAAACACCGCCCGUUCGGGUUUCGAGUGUACCACGGGUGCUUCGGGAAGUGCAAGGGGGUGUGUUAUCCCGACUGGUACUCGUCGCCGAGCGCGAGGUGCAUCGAGUGCGGGGACUGCGGGGGACUCCUCAGCCCCGAGAACUUCGUGGGGCACGUGCACAAACACGCGGAAAACCGGACGGUGCACUGGGGAUUCGACUCGAGGCGGUGGAGGAGCUACCUGCUGCUGGCGAGGGGACAAGCGGACGAGGAGAGCCUGGGGUCGGUGCUGGAGGAGAUCAAGGCCCGGUUCGAUGGCAGCAAGCAACACAAGCGGAAACAG